GCAGCCGGCAGCGUCUCCCCUCACUGGGUCCUGUGGAGCACACGCAGUCCCCACACAACCACUCCUCUCAGCCAGCACCGAGCCUGGAGCAUCGGCCAGGACAACCAAGAGUCCACUGGGGUCACACACAGAGGGAGGUUUUGUGUCAGAUGAACAGAAGCGCUCUGGGAAGUCUAAACUGAGCUGACUGAACAAAGCAGCAAAAAAAAAAAAAAGCUCCGUCUCAAUCUCCACAGAGGUGAGGGACCUCCAGCCUUCCAGACACAAACACCUGCAGAACAUCUCCAGCAGCCACCACAGACGCCGUCGUCUGACCGCAGUCAGCUCUCCAGGCCCUGAGGACUCGGAGCCAUGACCAAGAGCACCGGGGAGAAGAACCCGCGCUCCCGCAGCGCCGUGCAGCGCAUGCGGGAGAACAUCCACAUGCGCUCCCUAAAAGCCAAGAAGAAGGUGGAGGACAUCAGCAAGGACGACGUGAAGAGCUUCCUGAGGAAAAAUGCUUUUGUGCUGUUCACCAUCGCAGCGGUUGUUGUCGGUAUAAUGCUGGGUUUCGCUCUGAGGCCCUAUAAGAUGUCCUACAGAGAGGUGAAGUACUUCUCUUUCCCGGGAGAACUUCUCAUGCGGAUGCUACAGAUGCUGGUGCUGCCCCUGCUGGUCUCCAGUCUCAUUACAGGAAUGGCUGCACUGGACAGCAAGGCCUCUGGGAAGAUGGGCAUGAGGGCGGUGAUCUACUACAUGACCACUACCUUCAUCGCCGUCUUCAUCGGCAUCAUCAUGGUGCUCAUCAUCCACCCGGGCAAAGGCUCCAAAGACGAGUUCAAGGAGCAGCAGAAGAUUGCAGAGAUCAGCCCAGCAGAUGCCUUCCUGGACCUGAUCAGAAAUAUGUUUCCUCCCAACUUGGUCCAGGCUUGCACACAGCAGUUCAAGACCCAGUACAGCAAACGAACGGUUCAGGUCACAAUCAUAGUGAAUGAGAGCAUAGCCAACUUGACCAACAACACACAAACCAUCACCAGAGAGGAGGUCAUCCCACACCCCGGCACAACCAAUGGAGUGAAUGCCUUGGGCCUGGUAGUGUUCUCCAUGUGUUUUGGCCUCAUCAUUGGCAGUAUGAAGGAAAAGGGUCUGGCACUCAAGGAUUUCUUCGAUAGCCUGAAUGAGGCCAUCAUGAAGCUGGUUGCCAUAAUUAUGUGGUACGCACCAGUUGGUAUCCUCUUCUUGAUUGCUGGGAAGAUCGUGGAGAUGGAUGACCUCACUCAGAUGGGAGGGCAGUUGGGAAUGUACACCAUCACGGUCAUCAUCGGCCUCAUGAUCCACGGCAUAAUCGUCCUGCCCACGCUGUACUUCCUCAUGACGCGGAAAAACCCCUUCAUCUUCAUCACAGGCAUUCUGCAGGCACUCAUCACAGCCUUGGGGACGUCAUCCAGCUCAGCGACUUUGCCCAUCACCUUCAGAUGUCUCGAGGAAAACAACAAAAUUGACAGAAGGGUCACACGUUUUGUGUUACCUGUGGGGGCCACCAUCAAUAUGGAUGGAACUGCUCUCUAUGAAGCCCUGGCAGCUAUUUUCAUUGCCCAGGUUAACAACAUGGAAAUGAACUUUGGGCAAAUUAUCACAAUCAGCAUUACAGCAACAGCAGCUAGCAUUGGAGCAGCUGGGAUCCCCCAGGCUGGACUGGUCACCAUGGUGAUCGUGCUGACCUCUGUGGGCCUUCCCACUGAUGACAUCUCCUUGAUUAUUGCUGUUGAUUGGUUCCUUGACCGGUUACGCACCACCACCAACGUGUUGGGUGACUCCAUAGGGGCAGGAAUCAUUGAGUACCUCUCCAAAGAUGAGCUACAGGCCAAGGAUGCAGAGAUGGGCAACUCUGUGGUGGAGGAGAAUGAGAUGAAGAAGCCGUACCAGCUUAUCUCCCAGGAGAACGAGUAUGAGAACGAGAGACCACCGGACAGUGAAACAAAGAUGUAGUGAGGGUGUUGCUCCCCUGCCCACAACCCACUGGAUGCAUUUCUGAUUUUUGAUUUGUCUGUCUUGUCUUUUUUGUAAUUGUGUUCAAAUCAUGCUGUGUUCAUGCAGUUUUUAUUUUUAUUCUGGAUGUUUAUCUGUUUUUUCUUUUCAUUAGUCUUCAAAGGGUAUGUUUGUGUCAUACAUGAUCCAAUUUGCAGCACACAUAAACUACAGAGGCAUGUUUACAAAACAUUGAAAUAAACUUCAACGCAAAAAUUUGGAAAAAUUUUCACAGACAAAAUUCAUAACUGCUUCUUGACAAGGAUAAUGUCUUCCUCCUUUUCAACUUAUGCAUAGGGAAUUAGGAAGAGAAAAACAUUCAAGGGUUUUUACAUUCAUAGAGUACAGUAUAAUCGCUUGACGGUAAUAAUGUUGUGAAAAUCCUCGGAAAAUUCAACAGAACAUUUUCAAGACAUUUCAGAUGGUUUGUUUUUCUUUUUUUCAGACUGCAGGGAUGUUUACUUGGUGUAUGAUAGAAAAUAAUGUUUUCACAUUCCUAUACAGAAUGUCUAUGGUACUCUUGGAAUAAGAAGGAGUUAGUUAUUGUCCUCAGCUGAGUGUAUUUCAUUUUUAACCGUUUAGGUUAAAUGCCAAUGCUCCAUCAAUUCUAGCACAACUGUGCUUGAUAAUAGCCCAUGCUUCUUUAGGAUACCUCAAUGCACUUCUUUCAAAAAGUCAGGACCUAUGGAAUAGCCCUUAGUCAACACUGGCUGAUAAAACAGGGUUAUAGACAUAAAAAAAAAGCUCAAACCAUACAGUAAAAUCUAUUUCCUAGGUUCAGCUCGGUCUUCAUUACUGUAUAUGAGAUGUUCCACUGGAAUUAAUCCUUUUGAGAACAGUCUGACUCAAGUGAAUGAGCUUUACGAGACUUCUGGUCAUUGGUCCUUCAACUUUGUAUAGGCUAUUUCUGAAAGAAAGAAAUCCUACAUUCUGUGUCUUUAUACUUUUUGUGCUGGAAGUGUACAGUUUGCCCACAAUUACCAAGGGGUUUUGAUAUGACACUUAAAAUGGGUAUUUCUGAGAACAGAAAAACAAUAAUAAAAAAAGGCAAGUCUACUUUAGAUUGUUAUUGUGUUUCAGGACUAGUAUUUUUGUAGAAAAUAUCCAUAAUAUGAGACAUCAAUAUAAUAUGUACUUUUUCAUUUUGCUAAUAUUAAUAGUGUAUAGGCUGUUUUAAAUAUAGUUUCAUUGUAGAUACUUGAGGGUAUUAACUGUGAAAACAUGAAUAAAGAUUUACUUGACCAUGA